AUGGUUCUGACGGAGUUGCUGAGGCUAAAGGAAUCCAAAUCACCAGGUCCCGAUGAGAUUCCGGCGAAGAUUUUGAAGGAACUCGCCGGUGAGUUGUCUAAGCCACUCUCCAUGCUUUUCCAUACAUCCUUCGAGACCGGAUAUCUGCCACCCGACUGGAAGUCGGCGUGGAUUACGCCGCUGUACAAGGGCGGAAGUCGGGUCUCUGCGAACAAUUACAGACCGGUCAGCCUCACCUCCAUUUGCUGUAAGAUUAUGGAGAAGAUAAUAAAGCAACAACUAAUGCAGUUCCUUGAACAAAACCAUUUGCUUUCCGAUUCUCAGCAUGGAUUCCGAAAAGGCAGAUCCUGUGUGACAAACCUGCUCUACUGUCUGGAACACUGGACUAGGGCUGUUGAUAGAGGAGAUAUGGUGCAUGCCAUCUAUAUCGACUUUAAAAAGGCCUUCGAUAGUGUGCCUCACCACCGCCUUCUAUACAAACUUAGCCGUGCAGGAGUGCGAGGUAAGCUUCUCAAGCCGUCCACGUCGGUGACCAACAAUCUGCCGAGGUUGCCGUUAAGAGUGGUGUUCCCCAAGGCUCUGUUCUUGGCCCUACGCUGUUCCUCGUAUACGUCAAUGACUGCGCAAACGAACUGAAUUGCGAUGUCGCAAUGUUUGCCGAUGACAUAAAGAUUUGGAGUACCAUACGAAGCGAAGUUGACGAGGCGCGACUGCAGACAAGUCUGGACCACCUCGAGCAAUGGUCGAAAGACUGGCUUCUACCGUUCAACGUAAACAAGUGUACUUUCCUACGCGUCGGCAGAACCAGUUCUCCUAACCACACGGUCUACCGUCUGACUGGCAAACCACUGCAAGAAGUCGACGCCCAGAAGGACUUGGGUGUAUGGAUCACAACCUCGCUUAAGCCUUCGCUGCAAUGUUCAAAGGUGGCCAAGUCGGCGAUGUCCAUGCUAUACCUUGUCAAACGGGCGUUCUCCUCCUUUGAUGAAGACUGCUUCGCCAAGGUCUUUCAAACUUUUGUGCGACCGCAUCUGGAGUUUGCUAUCCAAGCAUGGCGACCCUGGACCGCUAAAGACUUGGGCAUACUCGAAAAAGUUCAACGGCGAGCAACGAAACUUGUAUCUGGGCAGUGGUUACUACCUUACGAAACGCGAUUAGCUAAUCUUGACCUCUUUCCUUUGAGUUACAGACAGCUACGUGGGGACCUGAUACAAGCUUUCCGCAUCGUGCGCAAUCAGGGCUGUUGCCUCGCGUUUGGAGACUUCUUCGAGUUGGCGACUACGACUAACCUGAGAGGCCAUCCACUCAAACUGCGUGUGGCUGGUGUCCGGCUAGACACCCGAAAGUUCUUCUUCUCAAACAGAGUGGUUGCAGCUUGGAACGCCUUGCCUGAGGAUUUUGUUAUGUCAGGCUCGGUAGAUACUUUUAAAUGGAGACUAGAUCAGCAUUGUAGCGCGCACCACAAUAACGCCGGAGUACGGCCACCUUGACAGCCAACGCUGUCAAUUUAGUGUUAUAACGAUGCUACUACCAACAUUUAAGUAAUAUGUGUUUAUGUUAUUUAUUAAGCUUGGGCCACGUCGCACACCGCUGUUCGCAUUCACCACGAUGCCUGUAGACUAAACAAUUUUACUUCUUUUCCCGUGUCUUAAGUGUGCCUCAACUGUCCGCUGUAUUUUGACCAACAGAGCAAGUUAAUGUGCCUCUAAACUCUGUUAACGCAUGACAUUCUGUGUUCAUCUGUACAGUUUUUGCUAUUCCCCUCGCAUUUCUUUCAUGUUACUUCCUUUCCAUUUCCUCCAUAUAUAUCCUCUGCAUGUAACCAAUAGGGAUUUCAAAGGUACACACCUACUUUCCCUGAAAUAUACUGAUACUGAUACUGAACUGAACGUUCAACAUCGAUAAAUACCUGAUUUUAUAAAAAACAGCCUUCUUGUUUUUUCCAUGCUCCAUGUGAGUUCCACAGGUUAUUUGACAAAACUUUACAAGUCAAAUUACCCUCUACCAAUAGAAGAACACCCACGAAUGCAGAACCUCAGUCUAUGACAGAUGUUGCAUAGGGAACUGCCUGAAUACCAGGCUCCGUAGACGUCCGCUCCAAUUUUUAAACUUUUCUCACGCCUUAUGAGAUCGUGAUAGUUUUGUGAAAUAUUAGGCUGGGGACAUGAAAUUAAGCGCCCGAAGUAUGAUUUCUACGACAGAACACCAAAUUUGGAUGAAAAUGUGAGUCGAAGAUAAUCAAAUACUGUUGAAUAUUUACUUAAUGUCUAUUUUAAAAACAAGCCUGACACUGCCUUUACCACACAUCCGACAUAGGCACAAGUUAACAGCCCAGACACGUGUUCUGGCGACGAUUCCGUUGCUGAUUAGGGCAUCCGUGAAAGACCCGGCUACUCAGUGUAACACUUGAACCUCAAGCUCCAACCACUUGACUCCAAAUCCUGAAAUUAAUAGUUUCAGCUUGAUUUUCCCCUGGAGUUCAUAUACCGGGAGCAGCAUGUGGGAGCAUGUAGACUCGGCUGGAUAGCCGUGAGCACUCGCAUCUGCGCGAUGUAGUAACAGACUCGUCGGCGAAACGCGUGUCUGGGUUUUCAACUUUCGAUAUGCGUUGAUUAGACAGACUCUGUGUCUUCGUGCAGGUGAGGUCAUGGCAAAUGGAAUAACUGUGGGCGGCUAUGAGAAGGUGGAAACUUGAAAUAACCCAAGAGACUAACCUGUAUGCAGCAAGUGUCACUUAUAUGCACCACGGUGACACUGUGAGCAUGUGGGUGGCUCACAAGUGUAGAGGAUAGAAAGUACCUUCAGUAGGAUGUGUUCAUCAACACCUCUUAAUUAUGAUGUCCAGUCUACAUAUCAGAUAGUUUUUUUAGAUUAAAAAGCGAAAGUGUUAAUCGAUCAGUUGUGGUUAACUAGUCCCACCAUACGAUCCCGGCGGUUGUAGGGUUUAUUGCAUGUGAGACAGGGGAAAAUCACAUACGACGGGGUCAGGCGACAGAAGAGCAAUUGGGAAUGUGUGGUUUUAAUUUGAUCGGUUAAGAGGCAGUUUACCUAACGCCUCACACUGACCAUAACCUCUAGCCCCAACCCGCAACUCUAACACCUAGUCCCAACCCCAAUCCCCGACAAUUAACCCUAAUCCCUAACAACACAUCUUGAUCAUAGCCCCUAACCACAACAGUAUUGUGUACAUCUGAUGAGGCUACAUAAGUACAUUUUCAAGGUAGAGCCUGACGGUUUCUCUCUACACUUACCUCAGACUAGAAUACUGGUGCAUUUCUUUGUCUGUGCUUGCAAGCAGGAGGUCCGGAUGCGUAAAAAACAUCUUUGAAUUCGGCAUGUGAAGGAUAAAAAAUAAAAUGUGUCCAGUUUUAAUUUAUAUUGAAGACAGAUUGAAGCUUUGAAUUGUGUAUGCAAAGAGACAGCACACGCAUAAUCGUAAAUAUUGUAAGGUACAAGCUGCAUUUACACCGUUGCAAUGAGCUGGAUGUUUAGUUAAGUUUGGGCCACUCGAGAAAAUGUGUGGGAUACAUCAAGAUGGGUGCGCCGUCGUAGGCCAGAAAUCGGUAGGUUUCUUUUUUCCCAGCGUCAUAUGUCAGAGAAAAGACUAGGUUCUCAGUCUUCACACGUCCCGUUACCCGCAUGAUUUUAUAGUUCUCACCGUCGACUUGUCCUUAAAUGGAAAAUGAAAUAAGCCAUCUGCGCCAGAUCUUGAGUAUAGUAACGUGAAGAGCAACUUACCAUAGGGAAUAAUUAUUUUCAGUCCCUUCCUGCCUGAUGACGACCCAUACCUGCCAAUAUUUCCCAGUAGCAUGAUCUCCUUAAAAUUGGAAAUUUGGUUCAUUUAAAACUUCGUAUCUCAAUCGGGAUUUUGAUUGUAAAUGUAAAUGUAAAUUUACAGAAGACUAACAGUAUAAAUGAAAUGACUGUGGUGUUUUGGUACCUUUAUAUUUUCAUCCAUGACCACAGAAAUUGGUUUCGAAUAGGCCGGGUGUGAGACAAUGGGUUUUACGUAAUGGACAUCAGGGAUCUCUGAUAACAUAAGAAAAAUCUGAGUUGUGGAAUUGAAAUGACAUAUAUUUGAGGAAGAUUUUCUUGCUGUUUGGUUUCAUUAACGAUUAUCAGAUAUCACGACUUUAUAUAAAGUGGGGCAUUUUGAAUAUAUACCUGGGAAGAAUUCCCCUUCGUUCACUACGACGAUCGCAAUUUUUGCCUUUUCGGGAUUUUCGGGUGUGAGAAUAACCACAGAAUAAUUUUGGUAAGUUCAGUCUUUGAUCAGAAAACUCCUUCUUCCUUUUUUCCGAAAAAAAGAAUUCAUGAAUUAGCUAUCUUUAAUAUUUGAUAUCACUAUAUGCAGACUACCAUAAGUGAUCUGACCAUCGAUUCGAAAAAAAACCCGCAAUUAAUGUCCUUUGUUUCGUGGGUGUGUUCGUGUUUGCGAAUUUGAAGUGACAAAUUGUAAAAGACUCAACAACUCACUUGGAUAGAAUUCUACACAUUUAGUCGCAGGUUCGCAGGGAUGUCCUCCUGUUCGAUGCACAAAUCCUGAUUCGGAUGACUUGAACUGUACAUACAGUACCUGUGCUAACUCAUGAAAUGUCACGAAUUAACACAGGUUAACGCCUUUAACGCAAAAUCGGUAAACACUGCGGCUCUCAAAGUCUGAUAGCGGAAAAUAAACGAUGUGCCAAAGAAAUAAAGCAAAGUUUGGUUAAGAAAAUAUUAUUUACUGAGAUAAAAAUAAAUAAUUUUCGACAAAAGUCACAUUUUCGAGAAACGCCUAUAUUACAACCCAGUUAAUAAAGGCUACGUAUGAGGACGUAUAAAGGAGGAGGGCGCAUAAAAGGUCAAAAAUAAUUAAGGACAGAAACAGAUACAAAAAAUUAGUACUUUGUAGAUUGUCCAUUCGAAUUAAUAACAGCAGAAAGUCUGUCCGACAUAGACAUGACAAGCUUAUCUAUGGUGGAUUGUAAAAUGUAAUUAUUGAGUAUGAAAUCCAAUUUUUCCUGCAUUGAAAGAGUCUUCUUAGCUUUGUGCCAAUUUCUUUUGACUAUUCCAAAAAGAUUUUCGAUUGGAUUAAGGUCGGGACUGUUGGCCGGGAUGAAAAUGGAUUGGAGGCCAAUUGCGGAGAGCGUGGUUGUUGUCUAAAAUGUUAGAUUAUGUUUGCAAGCGGCAUCAAAUUCGUACCUCUUUAGAGCGGUGGACAGGUGCAUUGUCCUGCAAAAUUACAGUAUCCAUUCGGCGCCGACUUAUGCCGUUGUAGCCGAAAGCAUCCUUGACAAUUGCAAUGAACACCUUGCUGUUGAUGGUGUCGGAUGUUGACCGCCAGACAGGCCGCUCACCGAAUUUAAUCGCCAUCCAAACCAUCAUCCGCCGACAGUUCUUGAAUGUUGCCGUCGGUGUAGUAUGUUCUCUUGGGAAGUUCUUUCCACAUAUGACAGUUUGGAGCGACUUCGUAGGCUUGUCUAAAAAUAGAACCUCAUCGCUGAAGAAAAUGCUCUUCCAAAAUGAAGAUCUGUAUUCAAUAUAAUUCUUAGCAAAUAAAAGCCGUUCUCUAAUUAGUUUUCUACUUAAAUAUGGCUUAAUCAUGGCCUUCCGCCGCUGCAGUUCAAAUUCCUUCAUCCUUUUUCUAAUGAUGUUCAUAGAAAACAUCGGCAGAUGUUCCCGCUGAAUGGCCUCAAUGGGCAUGUAAUGAAACUUUUUUAAUGUACGACGAAUAAAAUCGUCGUCUUGCUUACUUGUGGACCGUCUUGGUCCCCCUAUCUUAUUUCUAGGAACAGUUUUAUCAUUAAUAAUGCGCCACAGAGUGACCUUGCUAAUAUUGAAAAUAUUAGCUAACGACUCACGCGGGAUUCCUUCCGCCGCUAAUUUUCGAAUGCGCUGGAAGUCAACUUCGGAUAAGUAUUGUUUAGACAUAGUUAUCGUUUGGCGUGGCAGAGCAAAGUGACGGCAUGUCGCGCGAACUCAAUAUAUAUUCGUUUACGACACGCAUUUUCAGUCUGGUAAAACAAUCACACUGAUAAACUUUUUUAUUUCGGUAUUUUGAAACAUAAAACUUUACGAAUUUGUAAAAUAGAAUUUUUAGAUAAAGAAUCGCACGUUAUUUCCUGAACACAAUAAGAAAUAAUUUAUCUGCAUUUCCCUGAUUUUGUUGAUAUUGAAAUUUAAUUUUUUCUUUUUGUUCGAAAGUUUAUCAAAAAAUUUCGUCUUUUUAUUAAUCUUCUUAAACAGAUUAAUAAAGUUACACAAAGAAUUUCCAUCCGAAAGCUUUAAUAGCGUAGGAAACUGCUUGAAUAUCAGGAAUCCUCCGAUUUCGCCUUGAUCCGGCCCGUUUUCUAUUUAAUAUACAGAUCCGUAUCAAACUUUCCUUCAGAAAACGGUCUUUUCGUACUUAUUUCAACCAAAUAAACACAAAUAACGACACCAAAAAUACACUACAUUGUCCACUAUAAUUUUGACCUCGGCAUUUCAUGAGUUAGCACAGGUACUGUACUAAGCCACAGUAAUAUUUCGCCAACCACGUUCCGCGCAAGUCCCACGUUGCUGACUCGGCUUACCAAACGACAGUUCAUAGUUACAACGGACUGUAACACGUACACGCGCGCUCACGGAAAACUCCUGCCAACGCAGUGAUGCAGUCGCAUUUGCUUCUCCUUUAUAUUCAGUGUUUUGGCCUACUAAUCCUACUUUUUCUUCAGUCAUUACGCUGAGCAACGCGAAUGAUUUACUAAGUUCACGACCUCCUAGCCUGGUGGAUAUAGCAAAAUGUAGAGACUUAAGAAGUUACUGGAGUUUUCUGCAAGUUGUAGUCUUCUACCGAUAUGUGUCGUUGUAAUAACUGUCUAAAUGUUAAAGGCAAGGAAAAUCUAGGACUCUAUCCAUACGAAUUUAAAUGGUAUUUCUGCUAUUCACAAAUCAUAAGUGUAAAGAUCGGAAAAGGUUUAUGGAAAAGUACCAGGUCAGCUAAGUUACGGUUUGUUCUAGCAAGCCUAUUUAAUGCGUUGCGAAAACUAAACCGUGUAGGCAUUCUGAGGAUGCAGAAGUUAUCGACAAGGAACCCGCGCAAUUGACCGAUGGACCUCAAUUUUAAGACCACUUACAACGAAAGAUGUCAGUUAAAUUGAUUCGAAACCUUCGCUGUCAGGAGAGGAGUAGAGGCUCAGACCCAGGCUGACUGGAGCAGUACCGAACACAACAAACGAAGCUUGACACCCCUACUUUCAACUAAUCAGUAGGCAAUUGUAAAUAUUGUCGCAUCUGAGGUAGCAUAUUGCGUCCACGCCAGAGUUUCCUAAUACGAAGUAUAUCAGUUGACAAUAAAUGUAAUGCGUUUAACUUCUCAGUCAUUAUAUUUUUAUGACUAGACUGGGACUUUUAGAAAAUAUAGGCUGCAUUAUCGAAGUUUGGGAUUGUAGAACGGGCGGUCCUGCUUGUCUAUAUAAUAUAUGUCACUCGGCACGUAAUUAUCUAAAGGUAGCGGGGGUUAGAUGGUAGUUGGUAGCCCUCACGUUACCGAAAAAAAACCCAACUACCUGUUUUACGGGACCGGUGGUAAUAGGGGCUAUACGGGUGGGGAAAAUGAGUGGAGGCGUAAAUGGCGCUUGUAGUGUAUGCCUGGAAUUGACGCUCCUGGUAAAGUCGAAGCCUAAUUUAAAUAAGGUGAAAAAUGAAAGGAGGAUAUAUAAAUAAGCGUGGAUAAUUAGUACGGUAUGCGGAAUAAAUGCAUCCUUGCCCCAGAUUGGAAAGAAUAGCAAGCGAAGGCGAACAACCAAUAGGAAGAACGCAGUGUGUCUUUAGGUCAUUCCGCAGUAUGUGCGAUAGUACUCUAACCGACAGAAUAGACAUGAGAACACGAGAGUCAAGUAGCGGCACGCAGGACGCCACAACGCAAGCGGGGUAAGACAUUAAUGCGAAAAAUAUGUUUGGGCGAAAGAGAAAAUCUGCAAAUAAUAGUGUAUUGUCACUGUGGCCACAUCUAGGAUUAAAACUAUUGCAGUAGUUGUUUGCUAUACGUGAAUGGUGUACUUUACAAUGUAAAGACGAAUUUGCACUCUGUAUAUGAAGUUAUACUUUGUUCUGCUUGAAGAGCCCAGUCUUAUAGAAGGCGGAGGAAAGCAGGACCGCAAGUGCAUAGGCCGACAGAUUAUUCGCGGAUCCUGGAAAUUAUCCAGUCGUCCUACCUAGUGCAGUAUCUCUAACAAAAAGGACUACUGACCUGUAGGGUCUUAUGUAGAUGUCGAAAUACUGCGACAGCCCACGGAUGGUUAUGCCUUCAGAUAACAUCUGGGUACUGUGGUAUGCAGCCUAGGAUAGUACCUCUAAAAUGAAUCAGAUACAGGUAACACAGUGCGCGCAUGCAAUUACAAGCAUAAUGAGAAGCAUGAUGAAUCAUAAUAUGUCUAGGAUAAAUCUUUCGCCCUUUACUAAAGAUUUCCGUGUGGGGGUGCAAUACAGUGAGUCUAUAGAGACAUUUCUGCAGUGCCUCGUUCUCGGGGCGGAUAGAGUGAAGAAGAAAUUCAUCCUGACAGGGCUUCUGCGCGUGCACUCCCAGACAUAAUAAGAACGUAAUCACAGAGCUUGAAAUCUAGCCAGUAAAUGCAAUUGAAGAAUGAGUGGGCAGGGCUACCCCCUAACAUCCUACCGUAGCGGGUGUCACUCAGGUAUGCUUAUGACUUGAUACAUGUUUUAUGACCGUUUAUGUUUUACAUGAAUUAAUAGGUAAUAGCAUAAGAAGCAAAAAUUCGCUAUAUAAAUCAAACCCCCAAAGCAGGCAUAGUGUAUUUCUGAGAACUGAAUCUACUCGGUUACCGGACAUUUUCGCGUUUUCGUUCUCGCUGCUUUUCUUGAGUGCAUUUUUAUUGCAGAGCAUUUAAUACUGCAUCUGCCGGUAAGGAUAUAGUAAGUAAACCCCUCGGAAAACCUUGUUUAACUACGAUCCUAAUGUCAAACAUGAUCAUGACUGUGAUUGGUAACCCGAAGCGUUAGCCCGAAAGCAUUUAAGGAAAGCUUGAGUGUCACCGCAACCUUGACCCAAGGCCAUAAGCCCCUAACGCAAGCCCUAAAAACCUUGUCAAAAUAAGCAUACCAAAAACCCAAGGCAAAAUUGAAACGCAUUGCAAAAGUGGGACUUCAGAUCUGUAAAAACAGCCAAGAAUCCCAACUGCGGGAUAAUUCUGCAAAGCAUGUGACUUGGUAUCUCUCAUCAGUUAGUUUCCUAAAACACUCAGAACCAAGAUGAAGGCGCAUAAGCUAGCGUCAAGUGUUUCUUAAUAAAACAUGGAAAAAAGUGUUCCUGUGUAUGUGCGCGAGGCAGCGACUUAGGCAAAUCACUGGUUGCAUUGUGUGAUGAUAUGCCGAUGCCCGCACAGGCAAAAACGCGAACAAAACAACUGUCAAAAUAAUGUACAAUACAAAAACAUAACGCCCAAUGAAAACAGUCUGAUCGUCAAGGGCGAGGCCACCUGUUGGAUAGUGAACUGGACCCUUCAUUAGCAUGGUAUAAAUACAUUCAUACAUUCAUAUAUAGUCCAAAUUUUAAAAUAAUUCGUGAAAUCUGAAGCUCGCUGAUAAAACCAAACAGCAGGGACAUCUACAUCAAACAUAUAUCAUUUCAAUUUCACAAAUCACAUUUCUCAUAUUUUGUCAGAGAUCUGCGGUGUCCAUUACAUAAUACCCAUUGUCGCACAACGGGGCCAUGCGAGACUACUUGCUGUUGUCAUGGAUGAAAAUAUAAAGGUACCAAAAGACCACACUCAUUUCAAUUAUGCUGAAAUAUUUUUGAGAUUUACAUCUGACUUAGUUAUUCAUCUGUCCAGAUCAUGAUUGAAGCGCAAAAUGUUAAAUAACCAAUUAUCUUUUUUCAAGGAGAUCAGGCUGUUGGGAAAUAUUAGCAGAUAUGGAACGUCUUCAAGCAGAAAUGGGCUGAAAAUAAUUAUUCCCUAUGGUAAGUUGCGCUCUACGUUGCAAUGCUCAAGAUCUGACGGAGAUGAUUAA